UGGAUGACCACUUAGUGACAUUCAUUAUUCAUAUAUAACAAUAUAGUUUGUGGCAGUUUCUGACUACCACAAACUGCAUGAUGAAAAAGCUCUACAAUCUAUAACCGUUUAAUAGAUGUACACAAAUCAUUUUUUUAUUAUCAUCUCAAUACAUCCUAUUUCUUAUGAUUUGUACUUGUAAAUUCUAGUGGUGACACCUUGAAGAAACAAAGAAUGAAGAAUAUGUGGCCCAUCAUUCAUUCAUUGCCAUGUGGUUCUCUCUCCACUCCCAUCUCCUUCUCUUCCACCCUUUUAACAUGUCCAUGUCUUUCCUUCCAAGUACACAACCAAAUCUCUUGCACCUUUCAAUACCACAAUUCUCUCUCACUUCUCAUAGAAACAUCCCUUCCCUUCAUUACACAACCACGUGGACAACCAUGUUCAUGAUUUCCCACGUAGUAUUCAACAAACUCUCUGAAUAAUUAAGAUUGUGUUGUGUUUCAGGCACUGCACUAGUGUUGUUACAUACAAUACAACACAAAGGAACAUUUUUUUGAGCCUUAAUGGCUGGGAAUGAGUGGAUUAAUGGGUACCUUGAGGCUAUACUAUCAACUGGGGCUCCCACUGUUGAUGAACAACAAAGGGCAGUGGCUCCUAGAGAAAGUGUGCAUUUCAAUCCCACAAAGUACUUUGUGGAAGAGGUGGUGAGCAGUGUUGAUGAGUCUGAUCUGCAUAGGACAUGGAUCAAGGUGGUUGCCACUCGCAACACCAGGGAACGCAGCUCUAGGCUAGAGAACAUGUGCUGGCGCAUUUGGCACCUUGCCCGCAAGAAAAAACAGUUGGAAGGAGAGGAGCACCAGAGAUUAGCAAACCGACGAUGGGAGAGAGAACUAGGACGCCGGGAUGCAACAGAGGACAUGUCUGAAGAGUUAUCUGAAGGAGAAAAAGGGGAUGGCGUUGGGGAGAUGGUACACAUUGAGACGCCUAAGCAAAGACUCCAGAGGCAGAUUUCCAAUUUGGAAGUAUGGUCUGAUGACAAAAAGGAAAAGAAACUUUAUAUUAUCCUCUUAAGUUUGCAUGGAUUGGUUCGCGGAGAAAACAUGGAGCUUGGUCGAGAUUCUGAUACCGGUGGACAGAUUAAAUAUGUGGUAGAACUUGCUCGUGCACUUGCGAAAAUGCCUGGAGUUUAUAGAGUAGAUCUCUUCACGCGCCAAAUCGCUUCUACCGAUAUUGAUUGGAGCUAUGGAGAACCUACAGAAAUGAUAACUGCAGGCCCAGAUGAUGACGAUAGCAUUGGGGAGAGCAGUGGUGCAUACAUCAUAAGGAUACCCUUUGGUCCGCGUGAUAAAUAUCUCCCGAAAGAACUUCUUUGGCCCUAUGUUCAAGAAUUUGUAGAUGGAGCCUUAGCUCACAUCCUCAACAUGUCAAAAGUACUAGGUGAACAAGUUGGUGGGGGACAACCUGUGUGGCCAUAUGUGAUUCAUGGACACUAUGCUGAUGCUGGAGACAGUGCUGCUCUUCUUUCAGGAGCUUUGAAUGUGCCAAUGGUGCUCACAGGUCAUUCACUUGGAAGAAACAAGCUCGAACAGCUUCUCAAGCAAGGGCGCCAGUCGAAGGAGGAUAUCAACUCAACAUAUAAGAUAAUGAGGAGAAUAGAAGCAGAAGAACUUUCCCUUGAUGCUGCAGAACUUGUUAUCACUAGUACAAGGCAAGAAAUUGAUGAGCAAUGGGGACUUUAUGAUGGAUUUGAUGUCAAGCUUGAGAAAGUUCUGCGCGCUCGUGCUAGGCGUGGAGUCAAUUGUCACGGUAGAUUCAUGCCAAGGAUGGCGGUUAUCCCUCCUGGCAUGGACUUUAGCAAUGUUGUGAUACAAGAAGAUGGCCCUGAAGUUGAUGGGGACCUCUCACAGCUUACUAGUGGUACUGACGGGUCUACACCAAAAUCUUUACCAGCAAUCUGGUCUGAGGUGGUGCGUUUCUUCACAAAUCCUCACAAGCCUAUGAUCUUGGCCUUAUCAAGGCCAGAUCCAAAAAAGAACUUAACCACUCUAUUAAAAGCUUUUGGUGAAUUUCGUCCCUUGAGAGAACUAGCUAAUCUUACACUUAUAAUGGGAAACAGGGAUGACAUAGAUGAGAUGUCUUCUGGGAAUGCAAGUGUGCUCACAACUGUGAUAAAAUUGAUUGAUAAGUAUGACUUAUAUGGGCAUGUGGCAUACCCUAAACAUCACAAGCAAUCUGAUGUUCCAGAGAUAUAUAGAUUUGCUGCAAAAACAAAGGGAGUUUUCAUAAAUCCAGCUUUAGUGGAACCUUUUGGUCUUACUUUAAUUGAGGCUGCUGCACAUGGGCUGCCAAUGGUGGCCACAAAAAAUGGAGGACCAGUGGACAUUCAUAGGGCCCUCAACAAUGGUUUGCUUGUGGACCCUCAUGAUCAUCAUGCAAUUGCAGAUGCAUUGCUCAAGUUGUUGUCAGAGAAAAACCUGUGGCAUGAUUGCAGGAAAAAUGGAUGGAAGAACAUACACCUCUUCUCAUGGCCGGAACAUUGCCGCACUUAUCUGACUCGGGUGGCCGCAUGCCGGAUGAGGCAUCCUCAGUGGCAAACCAACACUCCAGAGGAUGACAUAGCUGAUGAAGAGUCCUUCAAUGACUCACUCAAGGAUGUGCAGGACAUGUCCCUCAGGCUCUCAAUUGAUGGUGACUAUUCUGCAGCAAGUGGUAGUCUUGACAUGCAAGACCAGGUAAAAAGGGUCCUGAGUAAGAUGAGGAAAUCAGAUUCUGGUCAAAAUCAAGAUAGUGGAAGUGGAAAUAAGACAAGGAAGCCAGAUUCUGGUUCAAAUUCAAAUAGUGAGAACAUGCUGCUUGACAAUGUAACCAACAAAUUCCCUCUACUGAGGAGGCGACGCAGGUUGAUUGUUAUAGCACUUGAUUCCUAUGACAAUAAUGGAGCUCCUGAUAAGAAGGUGAUAGAAACAGUUCAAAGGAUAAUUAAAUCUGUUCAACUAGACCCUCAAACUGCAAGAGUUUCAGGAUUUGCUUUCUCAACUGCUAUGCCAAUACAAGAAACCGUGGAGUUCCUAGCAUCUGGAAAUAUUCCAGUGAAUGAGUUUGAUGCUUUGAUUUGCAGUAGUGGGAGUGAAGUUUACUACCCUGGUAUUCAUUCAGAAGAUGGGAAGCUUUUGCCUGAUCCGGAUUACGCGGUACACAUAGACUAUCGCUGGGGCGUUGAAGGUCUAAGAAAAACCAUUUGGAAACUUAUGAACACCAUUGAAGGUGAAGAAAAAUCUGCAAAAACUUCCGACCCCAUUGAGGAAGAUCUGAAAUCAAGCAAUGCACAUUGCCUCUCAUACAAAAUCAAGGAUCUUAGUAAGGCAAAGAAGGUUGAUGAUUUGAGGCAGAAGCUUAGGAUGAGAGGUCUACGUUGUCAUCCUAUGUACUGCAGAGGAUCCUCUAGAAUGCAUGUUAUUCCCCUUCUUGCAUCUAGAGCUCAGGCACUCAGGUAUCUCUUUGUCCGUUGGAGAUUGAAUGUUGCAAACAUGUAUGUGAUACUUGGAGAAACUGGGGACACAGAUUAUGAGGAAAUGAUUUCUGGAACUCACAAGACCAUAAUCAUGAAGGGAGUGGUGUCUAAGGGCUCAGAAGAGUUGCUUAGAGGUCCAGGAAGCUACCAAAGAGAUGACAUUGUCCCAAAUGAGAGUCCUCUUGUCACAUCCAUUAGCGAAACAACAGAGGAUAAUAUUGCUAAUGCUUUGAAGCAACUUUCAAAAUCUGGAGGAAUUUGAGGCAGAGCGGAGGCAGAAUUUCAAGAAGGGGACCAAAAUCUAAAAGACUGUAUAUGUUUGGAUACACGCAAGAAAAUUGUCGUGAAGGCAAAACCGCAUCGUAGGUCGUUGUCAUCAGCCAUUUUCUCCAUCAUCGGAAGCUACAUUCAAGAUUACAUCCUCCAAUCUACAUGCCACUUCGAAGAGUCCUUAGAUCUGAUCUUCAUCGUUGGCCUCUCGAAGGCUGAUUUCCAUGGACAUCGUCAUCUUGCGGGACUCCUCUGAGUUUCGACAACGAGUUUGAAUGGUGAAUCUCCGUCAUUCGUCAUAUGAGGGCGUGAGUUUUCAAUUGAAAAAAUGAAAAUUAAAGCUAAAAAGAGGGAUGAGUGGGUGGAGUGUUAGUAGUAGUCACCGAAUAGUAUAUGGAGACAGGAGAGGGGAUCACAAAAAAUAUUAUAAAAUACUGUUAUGAAAAUUUUGAAAAGAGAAAAAGUUUGAUGCA